AUGGAUCGGCUCAAGACCAAGCGUAAAGUCCGACGCAGCCAGAAUACGAAGAUAAUGAACGAGAUAAUGACCAUGCUCCAGUCCGUCGCCGUUGAUGCCUCUUCUCUCGAGAACCUGAGAGACAGACUGGUAACCAGCAACGAGGAACUCCGUAAAGUAAACGAGGAGAUCGAACCACACAUCAGCGAUAGUGACCUGGAGACAGUCUACAUCACUGUCGCAGAAUAUGAAGACGAAGUGGCUAGGACCCUCAGCGAACUGCGCAACAAGAUCGCGCGGUUGCAGGCAACGCCAACCACAUCCGCUACGGGAGCCGACGGCGACAGGGGCCACCCAUCCCAAGCUACGGGAGUGAAGCUCCCCAAACUGCAACUUCUACACUAUCAAGGGGAGCUCACGCAGUGGCAACCCUUCUGGGAGCAGUUCGACGCCUCAAUACAUUGGAACACCAAGCUCUCUGAUGGAGAAAAAUUCCAGUACCUGCGGUCGCUUCUGAAUGGGCCUGCCGCCAGUGCCGUUUCCGGGCUGCAGGCUACGGCAGCGUGCUACAGAGAUGCAAUAGAGAUACUUACUGAACGCUUUAGCGACAAGCAAAACAUUCAGCGGGAAUAUCUGGAGCGGCUUCGAAACGUUCCAAUGGUAAAGUCAGUGCGUGAUGUCCAAGGACUGCGCAAUGUAUACAAUCACGUCCAGACAAACAUUCGCGGUUUGCGCUUCUUGGAUGUUUCAAGCGCGACGUACGCCACAAUGAUGGUGGACAUACUCCUGUCCAGUCUUCCAACGGACAUCGUUGUGGAUUACCAUUGA